UAUUCCGUGGUCAAGGAGCAACCUAAAACUAGAGAGCCGGUACUUGUUGAUAAGAAAGGCAGAUAUGUGAACACAAGCCAGUUGCAUCUUAUCUUCGUUUGCUGCUACAGCUUCGGCUCUUUUCAUUGCACGCAAAUAUGCCGAUGGCCUGCGAAAGAGGAAGAUAAAAGACUACGAAAAGCCAAGGGCCAAAGUCAACAAUGGCAAAGUUUAAACAUGUCCUUGUCAUACCGUAUCCUGCACAAGGUCAUGUCACUCCUCUCCUGAAACUCGCACACUGUAUUGCUGAUUAUGGAGUCAAGAUUACAUUCGUGAACACAGAGUCCAUUCACGCACAAGUGAUGGCUGCAAACCCUGGAUUGGACGAGGGGUCGAGUCGGGUUAAGUUUGUCACGAUUCCGGAUGGGCUUGAAACUGACGAGGAGCGAAAGGACAUCCCUACGAUCACGGAGAGCAUAUUAAGGGUGAUGCCGGAUCAUUUACAGGAGUUGAUCGAGAAAGUAAAGAAGCAGUCAGAUGGCAAUGAAGAUGAACAGAUUAGCUUCAUGAUUGCGGACCUGACUGUUGGAUGGGCACUGGAAGUUGCCGAAAGGAUGGGAAUCGAACGAGCCGGGUUUUGGCCAGCCUCAGCUUCGGCCCUAGUCAUGACGCUUCAUAUUCCGAAGUUGAUCGAGGGUGGAGUCGUAGACAACAAUGGCUUUGCUCCAAAGAAUGAUCUCAUCACGAUAUUGGAGGACCUUCCUGCAUAUAAGAGCAAUGACCUCGUUUGGAGUUGCCCUGAAGACCCAGCAAUACAUAAAGCUAUUUUCAAAUUCUUAUCGUCCAUCGUGCAUCACAGCAAACGAACAAACUCAUUCCUUUGCAAUUCCUUCCGUGAUCUCGAGGCACCGGCUUGCAGUGGCAUUCCUGGAGCUCUCCCAAUCGGUCCGUUGAUGGCGAGCGCCCGACUAGUCCAUCGCAGAGGAAGCCUGUGGAAUGAGGACUCGACCUGCUUGAACUGGUUAGACCAACAUCCAGCCCUGUCCGUCAUCUACAUUGGCUUCGGAAGCACGACAAUAUUCGGCAUGGAACAAUUCUAUGAGCUAGCCCACGGCCUCGAACAGAUCGCCCGGCCAUUCCUGUGGGUCGUACGCCCGGACCUCACCGACGGGCCAGUCACUGAGUUCCACGACGGAUUCCUCCAAAGGGUGAGGAACUAUGGGAAGGUGGUCCAAUGGGCACCACAAGAGGAGGUCCUAGCACACCCUGCAGUGGCAUGCUUCUUCACUCACUGUGGUUGGAAUUCCACACUGGAAGGCCUGAGCAAUGGAGUCCCACUUCUCUGUCGGCCUUACUUUUCAGAUCAGUUCCUGAACAGGAGCUUCAUAUGUGAUGUGUGGAGGGUGGGUUUAGGAGUUGAUGGUGAUGAAAACGGAUUAAUAACUAGGCAUGAAGUGAGAAAAAAGCUGCUAGCCGUCCUUGGGAGUGACGAGAUAAGGGCGAAUUGCCUGAGGGUGAAGGAGAUGGCGAGGAAGAGUGUUAGUGAAGAAGGGUCCUCCCUGAAGAAUCUGCAGAGCUUCAUUGAACUCAUGAAGGCUUGAGUUAAGGCAGUUUCAUUGAGAACUUUCACUGAAACUGAAAAUUUGCAAGCCUGCCUAAUUUGCUAGUUCCGAGU